AUGAUGACGACCUCGCGUCUCAUACACAGUCACAUUGUUGUCGAUUCCUUCAUUCUCGGAAAUGGCGAGCAUGGUGAUCUCAAAACUCUCAGCUAUCUAACAGGAGGCUUGAAUUUUGCGCCCCAGACUCUGGAAGAAGCCCUGGCCAUCUGCGAGCUGGAGCCCGUCUUAUCUUUGCUUGAGCGCCCGGAUGAUGUACCAGACUUGCUUCGCAAGCAGCAAGGGACGCUCCCAUUCAUCGUGUCACCGAAGACUGUUCCCGAGCGCAAGCAGAUUUCCAAUCUCGACGGGUCCCUCAUCGAGCUCGGCCGGUUCGCGAAAUCAGGCACAGAACAACGCGCAGACCAGAAUCUCCGUCUGAACAGAAUUCACAACGAGAUUCGCAAUUCCGGGGCGCGGGAACAUCCGCACUACGACAUAUAUAUUGGUGAGGCUAACAUGGGUCUCUGGAAGGUCGUCAUACAAGAAACAUGCAGAGCACCAAUUUACUGUCACCAGUGA